AUGCAAGAAUACUUUGAAUCCAAGACUGCCGAAGAAAAUGCUGGAGGUCUUAUAUCAUCGGAAUGUAUUCAAGACCGUUUUGGAAUAAUAAGACGUGAUUUAGAUUCAGUGUUGCCAAUAACAACGAGUGUAUACAAGUAUCGUGAAGUUGACGUUCAAUUGACGGAUGUAGUGGCGCAGGAACCACGUUGGCCAACUGAGUGUAAAGUUGUAGCUGAACGAAUACGGCAUAUUGAUUACAUUCCACCAAUACCAGAGCCGUAUUAUAUACCAACUAAUCGUGAACCUAAACCUAAACCAGUUAGCGAUGAAUUUGGUACUGUUAUAUUUAAUUAUUGUCCGACAAGUGUUACUAAUUAUUUUAGUAGAUCUUGUAUCGGUGGUACGUCAAUCGAUUCAGUAUCAUCAUAUCUAGUUGACAUUGAUGACAAUAAUGAUUUACAAUUUGAAUCACGUUUCGAGUCUGGUAAUCUAGGAAAAGUUAUUAAAAUAACUGAUACUUAUUACCAAUUAUAUUUACGCAAAGAUCUCUACACUCAACGUCACAUGCAGUGGUUUUACUUUAGAAUUUCUAAUACUCGCAGUCGUACGAUUUAUCGACUGUCAAUAGUUAAUUUCUGCAAAGAAGACAGCCUUUAUAAUGAAGGACUCAAACCGUUGCUGUAUUCCCUUAAAGACGCAAAUCUUCAUGCCGUAGGAUGGAGGCGCUGCGGCGAAAAUAUAAGUUACUACAAAAAUGACUCGUCGGAUGAAGAACGUGAAAAACACACAUUAACUUUCAAUAUAACUUUCCCACAUGACCAGGACACGGUUUAUUUAGCACAUUGUUAUCCAUACACGUACAGCGAUUUGCAGGAAUAUUUGUCAAAAUUAUCUAGCGAUCCUGUUAAAAUAAAGUUCACAAAACUACGGCUCCUUUGUCGUACACUGGCGGGUAAUUGUGUUCAUUACUUGACAAUAACAGCACCAAAUAAUAAUGAUGAGGGUAAAAAAAAGAAGGGUAUUGUUAUAACGGCACGUGUACAUCCUGGUGAGACUCCUUCAAGUUGGAUGAUGAAAGGAAUAAUUGAUUUUUUGACUGGCGAAUCAAAUCAGGCACGAGAACUAAGAGAGAGAUUUAUCUUCAAAUUAGUGCCGAUGUUGAAUCCAGAUGGCGUGAUUGUCGGCAAUAAUAGAUGCUCUCUGAGUGGAAAAGACUUGAAUCGUCAGUACCGUACAGUAAUGCGGGAAAGUUAUCCAUCUGUUUGGCACACGAAGCUGAUGAUUCGCCGUCUGAUGGAAGAAUGUGGGAUCGCGAUGUACUGCGACUUGCAUGCGCACUCGCGAAAGCACAAUAUUUUUAUCUACGGAUGUGAGAGCAAACGUGCAAAUUGCUAUGGAAAAUUGGCUGAACAAAUUUUCCCGCUUAUGCUACACAAAAAUGCUGCGGAUAAAUUUUCAUUCGAAAAUUGUAAGUUUUAUAUCGAAAAGGGAAAAGAGGGCACUAGUCGCGUUGUCGUUUGGCUGAUGGGCAUUCAGAACAGCUACACAAUGGAGGCUUCUAUGGGCGGGUCGAAAUUAGGUUCACGCAGCGGAACUCAUUUUUCGGCUCAAGAUUAUGAACAAAUUGGAAAGGCCUUUUGUGAAACUCUUAUAGACUUUUCGGAUGACGAUCCUAUGAAGGAAAAAUUGCGUAGUAAAAUAUUAUUACGGCUGAUCAAAGAAGGAUCGAGUGCCGACGAGCCGACGAAUAUAAAUCUUACAGACUACUCGAGCGACGAGGGGGACGACAGCGAGAGUUCAGAAGAAGAAAAAAUUCAUUUAAACAAAAUAUAUAACGAAAAUGAUAAUUUUUACGAGGAUCGAAAACAAACUAAAUAUAUGUGCGUUCCACCUCCGUCUCCUCAGAUUACGAAACCGCAAGCUCUUAAUAAAUUUAAAAAAAUACGAUCGAAAGCUCAAUUACGUGAGAGCCAUCGCGUUAAAAGAAAACAUAUGAAUCGUCGGGCAUUGGAUUUACCAUCAACGGAUCCUGGGAGCGAUAUGUGCUGCGAUUUAAUCGAGGAUGAAUUUAAUACCCAGGAAACUAAAGUACGGAAAGAAUCCGCGGUUACGAUUACGACAGAGUUUGCUACCAAAAAAUUAACUGAUGACUUGCCAAUACGAGGGAAUCCAUCACCAUUUCUUGAUGAUUUACUUGAUGACAAAUCAGUGAAAUUGCGAUUACGAAGCCCUCGGCCUAGAUCGAUACGACAUCUAUCGCCGGUAUUUUUACGAAAUAAUGAGAUACAGAUGAAACUGACGUCUUUGAAGCAGCAAAUAUGGACGACAGGUGUCUUGACGAAUCAGGAUGUUGAUAAUUUAUUUGAAAAAAAUAUAAUUGAUAGUGAGCUGUCUGAAUUUUCGUUGGCUAAUAAUGAGAGCGAAGCUGUACUCAAAUUAUGUUCAAAAAAAUUAAAGUCACUAGAGUAUGCGAAUAAAUUAGAAGCAAAAAAAUUAAAAAAAUUGACAAAAAAAUCAACGACUAAAAGCGAUAGAGCAGAUGAAAAAAAAUCUAGUGAUAAAAAAAAAUCUAAACGUAAUAAGACUGAAAAUUUUAAUUCUGCUGAAAAUCUAGCGCCUAAAAAAACUGAUUCAUUGGAUGGGCUAAAAUUAUUUGGAAUAGCGAAAUUACCUAAAGCACAAAAAAUAAAUAAUAAUAAGCAAGACUCGCGGAAUAAAUUUCGCAAGACUGGACUAGUUGCAAGCACGGCUGUUCAUGUAGCGAAGGUUAAAAGUAAAUCGUCAGAAAUAACAACUGAUUUGGGAGGUAAAAAUUCAAGUUCAAGUUCUGAUGAAGUUUUGGUUCCAAUCUCAACUGCCGCUAGACCAAAAACAGGCCGUAAAAAACUAAAUGAAAGACGUAAACUUCAUGCUUUUAGUGCAAAUGUUCUGUUAAUUAGUUCGAGUAAGAAUCGUGACAAAUAAAUCGAUUUAUUAAACGGAGUUGAUAGUUUCAGAUAAUUUAAAAUUAAUAUUAUAAUUGAAUGCGCAAUUUUUAAAUUUUUAAUUCACGAGCUGUUGAAAAUACAACUGAUUAAAUUUUUUAUAGAACUAAUACUUAUAUCUUGUAGCUAUCAGUUGUGGGUUCUCAUUCAAGAGGAAAUUUGAUCGAAAGUAUCUAAAAGUUAGAAUUAGAGCGAUGAAUUUAAUAGCCUACAUGGAAAAUUGAUUUUAAAUAAUUUUUUAUAUAUUUGAAUCUGGUUAAAAAUCUAUUGAAGCAAAACUAGGCUUGUUGGUACUCUUUCCAGAGGAUUUUUGAUACAGAACCCCUAGGAAGUUGACCGGAAGUCGUAACUCUAGUAGUUUCUAAGAUCAAUGAAUUUAUAGAAUUUUCAUUUCCGGUUAAAAAUCUAUUGAAACAAAACUAGGCUUGUUGGUACUCAUUCCAGAGGAUUUUUGAUACUGAACCCCUAAGAAGUUGACCGGAAGUCGUAACUCUAGUAGUUUCUAAGAUCAAUGAAUUUAUAGAAUUUUCAUUUCCGGUUAAAAAUCUAUUGAAACAAAACUAGGCUUGUUGGUACUCAUUCCAGAGGAUUUUUGAUACAGAACCCCUUGGAAGUAGACCGGAAGUCGUAACGCUAGUAGCUUCGAAGAUAAAAGAAUUUCUAAAAUUUUUAUUUCCGGUUAAAAAUCCAUCAAAGCAAAACUAGGCUUGUUGGUACUCAUUCCAGAGGAUUUUUGAUACAGAAGCCCUAGGAAGUUGACCGGAAGUCGUAACUCUAGUAGCUUCGAAGAUAAAAGAAUUUCUAAAAUUUUCAUUUCCGGUUAAAAAUCUAUUGAAGCAAACCUAGGCUUGUUGGUACUCAUUCCAGAGGAUUUUUUAUGCAGAACCUUCAGAAAGUUGACUGAAAGUCGUUACUUUAAUAGUUUAGAAAAUAAAUUAAUUUUUAGGAAUUUAAAAAAAUUUGAUUUCCGGUCAAAAAUUAAUGGAAGCAAACCUAGACUUGUUGGUACUCAUUUUAAAGGAAAUUUAAUGCCUAACACACAGGAAAUAAUUUUCCAAAAAUAUUUUUAAAAAUUAAUAAUUAAAAUUAAAAAAAUUUCCUGGUUUUGAAUUUGAAAUUUAAAAAAUUGUGUAUUCAAUUAUUUUAAUAAAUUUAUAAAAAUUAGCAUUAGCUAAAAUUUUGUUAUAAAAAAGAAAAC